AUGGCGUUGGCGCCGUCCAGUAAGCCGCCGGUGGUGGCGGAGACUUCCCCUCAGGAAGUGGUCUCCGCCUCCUCCUCUCACCCCGCCUGCUCGGCGGCGGAGGCGGCGGUGGCGGCAGCCUGUCCCUGCCUCUCCGCCACCUCCACCCCGGCCUACCCCCCGGCCGGCGGCGUUGGCGGGGAGGGGGACAGUAGUUGUAGACGCCCGCCCCUGCCUCAGAGAAGCUUCCUGGUUGUUGCACGGUCUCACCAUUUGGGGAAAGUCCAUGCUAGAAAACUGAAGCAAUUAAUGGGGGAAUAUGAUCAGAUUUCUUCACCAAGUUCCCAGCCUGAUAAAGAGCAAAGGAAAUAUUCAGAAUACAAUAAUCUAGUAAGAAGAAUUUUCUCCCAUCUUCUCUACAGAGAACCCCUUGUUGUCAACCUAAUGAAGCAUUCAAAGAAGACAUAUGACUCUUUUCAAGAUGAACUUGAAGAUUAUAUCAAAGUGCAGAAAGCCAGAGGCUUAGAGCCAAAGACUUGUUUCAGAAAGAUGAGAGAGGACUGUUUGGAAACUUGUGGGUACAAAGAAGAGGUUGAUUACAGACCGAGGCAUAGAAUGUUUGAUCACAGACUCUCAUCUGAGACUGUCCAGACCUACCCGAGAUCAUGCCCUAUUUCACCAAAGGUGGAAAACCGGUUACCUCAGUGGCUACCAGCUCAUGACAGCAGGCUAAGACUAGACUCUCUGAGCUACUGCCAGUUCACCAGGGACUGUUUCUCAGAAAAACCAGGACCCCUGAACCUUAGUCAGCAAGCAUAUAACUGUCGCCCAUACAGUGUGGAAUCUGGAGUUUACAAGCGUCUCUCCUCAGAAAACAGUGCCAGCGCCCAUCAAGCCAGUCAUAAACAGAUACAUCAGCACGGGAAAAGGCACCCAGAGGAAGCCAGAGAAAAAGCAGAGGAGGAGCGGCCCAAGCAUAGGAGGAAAAAAGGUUGUGAGGAAAUAGAUUUAGACAAACACAAGAACUUCCAAAGAAAUCUAACACAAAUGGAAACAGUCAGGGUCAGUACAGAAAAGCUUAAGAAUCGAAAGGAGAAAAAAGGCCGAGAUGUGGCCUCUAAGAAAGAGGAACGUAAGCGUAGAAAAGAGAAAAAGGAACAAGGUAAAGAGAGGACAGAGGAGGAAAUGCUUUGGGACCAGUCUAUCCUUGGAUUUUGAAGAUCCUGAGUUGGUUCUCCUGAGGUUAAAUUGAAAAAAUAGUUGAGGAGCUUGGUUUUAUGAUGUCCAUGUUCAUAUCGAUUUUUUCAUGUGAACAGUUACUUUAAUUUCUAACAACAGGCUGAGUGAACCAAAAGUAUUUAAUGUGGUUACUCUCCAGCACGGAAAUUACUUUUCCUCAUUUCCUGAAAGCAUCCCUACAUUUUUCUUCUAUAUAAUGUAAUUUUCCUUAAUGAGAAUGGCACUGCUUUUACUCAUCAAAAUGCUAUGAUAGUAGAAGUAUUUUUCCCUUGGGAAGUCACUUAUUUUAAAUUGAAGUAUUAACGGGCUUUGCAGAAUCUAUUUCUUGAUUAGGUUUGUUUUAGUUUUGGGUGGGAUAUUUUUAUAUUCAUUAGUUUUCUCUUUGACACAAUUUAGACUGAUUUUUUUUUCCUUUGUUAGACCUAACUUGCAGUGUAUUUUCUAGAUUGCAAAGUGGAAAAUGAAAUACAUUAUAAUAAUAAUAAGCUAAGGUUACAUAUAGUUUUAAAAGUUUCAAAGAGUCUUGAUAUAAAAUCAGUUUAUAUUCUGGAAAUAUUUAUAAUAAAGUGUUCUAAUUUCUGCAUUUUGUUGUUCUGU